AUGGAGACGACGGGCGCGGGCGCCGCGAGCGAUCGACCGUCGAGCGUCGCGAUCGACGACGCGGCCGAGCCGACGUCGUCCGGUCGUCGUCCGGAGAUGUACGUCGUGGCGCACAACGUGGCGAAGAGACACAACCUCGGGAUGAUGAUGCGCUCGUGCACAGCGUUCGACGUCAAGGCGCUGGUGUUGAUCGGAAGCCGAAAGUUUAACGCGUUUGGGUCCCAAGGAGCGGACGCGCACGUCGCGUUCGAGCACUACGAGACGUUGAGGGAGGCGAGAGAGGGGUUGACGGCGAAACGCGGCGUGACCAGAGUGCUGGGGGUGGAGAUAGUGGAAAGCGCGGAGCCGAUCGAGAGUCAUCCGUUCACUGGGAACACGGCGUUUGUCAUGGGGAAUGAGGGUCACGGACUCACGGAACAACAAAAGGCCAUAUGCGAUGGAUUCGUCUACAUACGCCAGUACGGCCCCGGAACGGCGUCUUUGAAUGUUUCUGUCGCGGCGUCCAUUGUCAUGCACCAGUUCGCUCUGUGGGCAAAUUAUCAAGAACGCGAGCGCGUCGGCGAAAAGUUUGUCGUCGCCGAGCGCCCGCUUCGCACGCGCAAGCGCGGAGAGAUCGGAGAGGACCCGGAAGAGGUGCGCGCGAGACGCGCUGCCGCUCGUGCGGCCAGAGAACUCGAAAAUGCUCGCAAGGACGAAGAUUCGACCCCGCUCAUCGAGGCAUUAGACAUGUAA